GUUUCUGAUGAUGGGAAAAUGUUUGAAGGCAAAUCUUCAACUUCAUUGAAAAGUUCUGCUUCCAUUGCACAUUCAAAAAGCUGGAAAACAGUAAGAAAAGAAGAACAAAGCAAUAAGAAUGACAAAACUAGAGGUUCUUCUUCUUCAUCAGACUUUCCUAAACCUCUUUCAACAUACUCCCAGCUGUCACAGCAGCUACAAGAGAAUGUUGAUCCAGCUAAUCUCCCUCUGGCAGCACGGCGUGCAUUAUUUGAGAAGGCUAUGUAUGAUGACAAUGGUAAAGUUCAACAAGAGCACAGAAUUCCAGAAACAUGCACUGUGGCUGUUAAGGCUGCAAUGUUUGAUAAGAGUAAUAUCAAAACUGGACAACUAGUUGCAACUUCUAACUCAGUAACUUACACUGCACAGAGUGAACAGGUCAGCCAACCAUUACGACAGGAUACUUGUGUUGUGACCUCAACUAAAACAGCAGGUGAAGCUUCUUCAUCAAGUGCAACUGCUUCUAUCAGCAGAACAAAUAGCAGAUACGUCCAAGAACAGUUUUUGCAGAAUGACCAAAAAGACUGGAGUGGUAAUGGAAUUUCUGCCAAGACCAAAGAUGAAAGACGAUGUGAGAUGACUGCGUUAUUGAAUCGAUGGGAAAAGGCUUCCUCCUCCUCCAGUUGUCCUGAAACUGUAAGGAGUGAUUAUUCUAAUAGGAUAACUGACAUCAGCAGACCUGAAGUCAUGUUGAAUGUGUUUUCUGACCUUGUGAAUGAAGAUCCAGAAGAUUUAAAAACUUCAGAGGGUAAGAAUAGUGAAAACAUUGACAGAGGAAUAGAGUCUGAAAAUGAUCCUGGUCUUGACACUAGCUCAAAGAGGUUUCAUGAACCAGAAAAUAGUGUAUGUGAAAAGAUGAAUCAAGAUGAUGAUGAUGAAGCAAAUUUUAUGAUAGAAGCUGCUGCUGUGUGUGCUGAAAUUGAUGAGAUGUUAGAUGAAGCUUUGGAUCAAGAUGAGGAAGAAGAAAAUGAAUUCGGAACUUUUGAUACAAGUACAUCUGCCAGAUCUCUUGAAGUGUUAGACAAUAAAAUGAUGGAUUUAUCUUCUUACAAGACACAAACCUCACAACACAAACUUGAGGCACCCGUAUCUAAAUCAGUAUAUGAUAAUGGCAGUGAAGUUCCUUUGCUUCAUACGAUUAGCUUCUACCGGAAACAGACAAAGCAAGAACAGUGGACAACUCCAAUUCAUACUGUCGUCAAGAAAGAGCAAGUAUCCAGCCCUCCCUCUCCAGAGAAGGUUGAUGCCUCAUUAAUUGUCAAAGAAAAAAUUAAGGUUUUACAAGAAGAAAUUUGUGCCCAACAAAUGAUAGUGAAUCAAGCCAGUCAAGCCCUAAACCUUUGCCACAGCAACGCUGAAUUUCAUGGAUCGACUGAACAAGUUGAAGGAGAACGACUCCUGCUUAUAGCAUCUCAUAAAAAACAGGCAUUUGCCAACGAAAUCCAGAAGUUGAAGACUGAAGGAGCUCUAGGUAGAAAGUCAGAAUCACACGGGAGAGGUACUUUAAUAAUUAGUGAUGUUAGGCUUCCAUUAAAACAGGAAUUUGUUGCUACUCGAGUAGAAGGGAAGAAGGACAAUGCUGUACAUUAUUUUCUGUGUCUUAUUCGCCACAAUGCUGAUGUAAUUUCUACACAAAUGCUGUCUACAGAAGAUGGAAUCACAGCUGGAACAUUCAGUUUUGCAAACCACUUCACUAUACAGAACCUGAGUGAUGACUUUAUCGUUAACUUUGAAGUUUAUGCUCUGCAAACCCAAAAACAAGUGCUUUCCCAUGAUAGGAAAUACCAUAUUAAAAAGGAGCAUAGCAAAAUGAGGUUGACUCCUAAAGGCAGAAAAACAGAGACUAAGCCACUUACUUCACCAGCCAUCUUUAGUCCUGGAGAACCAAAUGCAGUAAGAACAUCUAAUUUUGUUCUUGUGGGGUUUCUGAAACUUAAGUUAGAUAAUUGUGGUCACAAAGCCUACUCACUUGAAAAAGUUCCAUGCAGGUCACUCAUACAAGGAACUGUAAUGAUGAAAGUUCAGCUUCAUGCAGAACAUCAUAUAGAGGAGAGAGGGUUUUUGACAAUGUUUCAAGAUGUGAGUGGUUUUGGAGCUUGGCAUCGUUGUUGGUAUGUGUUACAGGGCAACUACAUGGCCUAUUGGAAGUAUCCUGAUGAUGAAAAAAUAAAGGAACCUGUUGGAUCUCUUGAUCUGAGGCACUGUGUCACACCCCAUGUAGGGCUUGUUUCUCGAGAUAUUUGUGCUAGACCUCACACCUUUCAACUUGUAAUUGUUAGGCCUCACGAGAAAGGUGAUCGUGACACUUUAAUAUCUCGCAUUCACAAAACUAUCACAUCCACAAAACAUCUCCUAUCGGCUGAUACAAAGGAAGAACGUAUUCUAUGGUGUACAAGGUUAAAUGAGGCACUUAAUAGCAUCAGGAGGUGGGAUCCACAGGCUCUACAGCCCACAGAUUUUUGUCAUGUGAAAUAAAAGAUCAUAUUAGUACUUUAAUGGGUAAUGGUGAAAGUAUAAGUAGUGGUCUGUAUUUACCUAAUUACUAAGGUUUUCUCGUAUAUGAGAAUAUAUAAUGCAUAAUUUGGAUAAAUUCUAUAUAAAUUAAAAAAAUAACCAUUCAUUUAUAAUAUAUGUAUAUUAGUAACAAAAAAAGUGAUAUUUCUAUCUCAAUUAUAAAACUUUUAAGAUACUUUCAAAACUGAGCUUGCUUGUACAUUUUGAAGUUUGUAGCAUAAAUGUAAUUAUAUCAAUAGUUACUCUGUUUUGUCAAGGUAAGAGCAUCUGUGUAAGAAAUAAAUAAUGAAGUGUUGAAAAAUAUGGUAGAAAAAGAAAGACACAGAACAAGAGUCUUUGCACACAAUAAAGCAGAAAACUAGUUAAUAUUUUCUGUAGUUAUUUGUAUGUUUUUAUUUGUGGAGAUGACUGCUGUUUUCAACAUAUGUACAGUGGUUAAACAGUUGUAUUUGUGAUGUAAAGAACGAAAAGCUUCAAAAGUUUUAAAGUUUGGUUUAAACUCUUUUUGUUUCAACAGUACUAAUUUGUAUCAUUAGGAUGUUUAACCAGGAUCUAAAUGUGUGUGUAUGUCCAUUUUUGUAAAUCUAUGUACAAAAUAAAUUUCUUACUUGUAUUUUAA